AUGCCUGCUCCGAGCGGCAGCGCUGCUCGUGUGCGCGCACACAGCUACCUCCGCGUCGGGCACGUCGUGCUGCUCUUGAUUCUGGCGCUUGCGGGACAGGCAGCAGCCAUCGAGGCCCAGUGUAGCGCGUGCAAGGCCGUAGCGCGGGAACUCGCGCACAAGAUCAACCAGGAGGAGCCGCAGGGCGACCUGGACCUGCGGAACCGGCUGGACCCCAACGGCAAGCGACAGGGCAAGUACGUGCCGUACGCCGCGAGCGAGCUGCGCGUGCACCACCUCGUCGACGACCUCUGCGACUACAUGACCAAGUACAAGCUGGACGCCGAGGACGGCGAGGCCAAGUGGUCGCAAGUGCGGGACAAGGUGGACAUGAACAGGGUGCCAGAGGCGGAGCGCGACGACGCGAAACGCCUCACCGGGUACUGCCAUCGCAUCCUCGGCGACAACGAGGAGGAGGUGUCGGAGAGCAUCCGGGGCGGGCGGAUGGACGCGGCGGGGGCGAUGUCGGCGACGAUGCGGUCGACGGUGCAGCUUUGCAUGAUGAUAACGGAACACUGCAGCGGAGGGCCCGCGGGCGUCGACGUCGAGAAGGUCGCGGCGGCGGCCCAGGAGCUCUAG